CUGACUUCCCGCGUCCCUGUCUGUGAGUCUAUUCUCGCUAUCUUCAUUUGAUGCAAUUUCACGAUUGUGACAAACAAACUGCAAUAAUGUUUUUACAAUAUGCAUGGAAUGCAAGUCUAUAGCCUUGUGUAGCUUGUUGGCGUCCUGUCUGCUAAUGUUGCUAGCUCCCGUUAGCCGUAACGCUAUCUUACCAACGCUACCAAGCAAACGUUGGCUAGCACAUUAGCGUUCAACAAGGUUACGGUACACAGCAAAACGAUUGCUAUGCUGUCAAGAGUUUUCGUUAUAUCCACACGUUAACCUAGUGAAUUGUGUGAAAUGAGUUGAAACUGCUUUUGGACGUUUAAGACGAAUUGUUUUGGCGCUUGUCACUGUGGGGUUGGGCUGUAACUUUAGUUGUAGUCCAGGCGUAACACUUGGCCUGGACAGCCAAGCUGGUUCUAGACAGAAGUCCUAGUGGGUUGGGCUCUAACUCUAGUUUUAGUCCAGGCUGAACACUGGUCCCUGACAGCACAGCUGGUUCUGGACAGUGGUCAUGUUGGGCUGGGCUGUAACUUCAGCUGUAGUCAAAGCUAACAACUGACAGCCCAGCUGGUUUUCUGGACAGCGGUUUUGUGGGGCUGGGCUGUAACUUCAGCUGUAGUCAAAGCUAAGCUCACUGUAAUAUCGUUAUUUUCAUUGAGGUGCUUGCAAAGUUGUAUGUCUAAUACAAAGUGUUCUUUAUUUCUAAUUGGCAACUUUUCUCCUGUGACUUCAGUACUAAGUGGUAUCUUUAACUGAUAACAAUGCGUUUGCGAUAACAAUUCUGCUUUCUGGAUUUUCAUCAACAUAUGUAAAUUAAUGUAAAUACGGGAUAAAUUGCUCUUGAACAAAAUUCUGCCCAAAUAUUAUGGAAAUCAAGUAAGGAAGCCGCACCUUAAGUCCAAUAGCGAAUUUACACGUCUGCUCAGGGUAAUGGGAAAUAUUGAUGAUGUUUUCGGGUUCAAUCAUGUAAUAACACACGUUUUUCAUGCAACACAUGUUGUUCUGCUUAUGGCAGGAGUGAUGUCUUCAAAUGAGGAGGGUUAUGUGGUACGCAUCAGAGGUCUUCCCUGGUCCUGCACUCAGGAAGAAGUGGCCAGUUUUUUUUCUGGUUAGAGUACACUCACUCACAUGUGUUCACCUAUAUCAGCACAUUGGGCAGAUAGCCCUAUAUUUCAGCCAACACCCAUGCAAUACUGGGUCACAUAAGCAUCCCGUUGAAAACAGUGAGGCAGAAUAAAAACAUGUUCCACCAACUUUACCUACAUGAAUCACUGGGCCAAAACUGUGACAUCGUGGGCCAGGUGAACGGCGUGUGUUUCACCUUCUCUAAAGAAGGCCGUCCGAGCGGAGAGGCUUUCGUUGAGCUCAUAAACGCUGAGGACUUUAAGAACGCCAUCGCUAAGGACCGCAAAUACAUGGGGCAUCGCUACAUAGAGGUGUUCAAGUCGAACCGCAGUGAGAUGGACUGGGUGCUGAAGCGCAGCGGGCCCGCGGACUACGACGGCUGCAGCGGCUGUAUGUUGAGACUGAGAGGCCUGCCGUUUGGCUGCAGCAAGGAGGAAAUAGUUCAGUUCUUCUCAGGGUUGAGAAUCGUGCCAAAUGGGAUUACUCUGCCAGUGGACUACCAGGGGAGGAGCACAGGGGAAGCCUUCGUGCAGUUUGCCUCAAAGGAGAUAGCAGAAAAGGCUCUGGGGAAGCACAAGGAAAGAAUAGGGCACAGGUACAUAGAGAUCUUUAAGAGCAGCCGCAAUGAGAUCCGGGCCUACUAUGAGCUGCCCCGCCGGCCCAUGGGGCAGCAGCGGCCUGGCCCCUAUGACAGGCCCAUGAUGGGGGGCCCCAGGGGGGUUUUCUUCGCCCCGGGCCCCGGGCGUGGAGGGGCCCUCAUGGAGCCCAUGCGGAGCGGAGGGGGCUACGGGGGAGGUUACGGAGGCUUUGACAACUAUAACGGCUUCAACAACUACUGCUUCGGCAACGGCAUGUUCGACGAACGCCUGAGGGGGGGCGAGCGAGGGGGCAGAGGUAAGGGGAUGGGAGGACACGGACACGGACACGGACACGGGCACGGACACGGGCACGGACACGGCGGGGGAGGGGACGGGGGCUCCGGGUUCCACAGCGGCCAUUUCGUCCACAUGAGAGGCCUGCCGUUCCGCGCCACCGACGGCGAUAUCGCUAAAUUCUUCUCCCCCAUGAACCCCAUGCGGGUGCACAUCGACGUGGCGCCCAACGGCAAGUCCACCGGCGAGGCGGACGUGGAGUUCCGCUCCCACGAGGACGCCGUGGCAGCCAUGUCCAAGGACAAGAACCACAUGCAACACCGAUACAUCGAGCUGUUUCUCAACUCGACGUCUAGCGGGGCGGCAGAGAUGAGUCGCGGGAGCAGUGGUUACUAUGGAAACUCGGGCGGUGGCUCGCGGAGCGGCGGGUUGCGGGGCGCCUUCUGAUGACAUCAUCACGCUCGCCUCGACCCUGAUGUUUUAUGUUCCUCAUGGCCUCGUUUCUUUUUUUAACUCUGCUCGGUUCAGCAGGGCAGAUCUGGUGUCACUAGUUGUUUAAGUGAGAAAGUUGAAUUCCUCUGGGUUUAGACAGUUCGAUUUUUGCCGUACCUUCAGAAAGUGACUCUUGGGUUUUGUAGAGAGCAUCGCCAUUUUACCAAAGAUGCUGCGUGUAGAUCCCUUAAAAUGUUCAACUUUGGUUUAGCGUAAUACUACCCAUUCAUAGCAAACACAGUGGUGCUGGUUCAUAUUGAAUGAUCUACAAUUAUUGUUUUGACAAAUAACCCUCUUUUCCUCCAAAUGGCCAGACCCUUAAAAGCCUUACUGCUAGAAAGGCCCGAGUUAUGUUGAAUUAUAAAUCUCAUAAUUGAUCCGAAGUGACACAUUGAAUAUUCAGAUUUGGAUUCGGCUGGUAUUUAACUUUUAAAGUGUAGCACGUGCUUUUCAUUUCCCAGCACUACAUUUGCCUGGAGCUCUGUGUGUCUCUGCAGCAGCGAGUGAAGCAUACGUCUCAGGAGAAAGAGAAGCAUGGGGACGCUGUUCAACGCAGGCCGCUUUGUUAGUCCUGCUCCCCAGCUUGCUAAGGGACCGCGACUAUGACAGUAGUCUACUGAACAACGGCGUUUAACUCCACUGCCAAAGACUGUUGUCCAAAUCGUUGGUGCUAAUAGGGCUAGUAUCCAACAGCUUUUUACCUCCCCACAAACAAGAAGCCAUUUGAUCUGCCUUCCCCAACAGAGCACCUAUUGAAAGACCAGAUCAUAUAUAUUGGGCUACAAGACUAAUACCAUCUGACAACAACCCUGGUGCGUUUCCAUAUGAGGCCAGAUAAAUGUGUGCAAGGGAUUCUAGAUAAGCUUGCUUGCUUUGAAACAUUUGAUAAAUGUGAGCCGGUGUGUUUUCUAUAUGAAUGUUUUCACAUGUUCAUCACAAAAAAAGAGUUGGGUAUUUUCCAUUGUUAGAAUGGAAGUAAAACAAAUAUCUAUUUGAGCUCUGAAAUUAGCUGAAACAGCUGUUGUACAUUUUGCUUAAUAAAUUUUAUAUUUAAUUCCA